AUGAAUGUGAUGGAGUAUGAUCAAAUUGAUUACUCAUUCACCCCUCCAUUUUUCCAAACAGAAGAUAUCUUAUCUCCAAAUACAAUCCUAAAUGAAAUACUAUUUGAUCAAGAGGAUCAAUCACAACAUCUCUUAUCUCCAAAUAUCAUCAUAGAUGAGAUCUUUGAUCAAGAAAAGUCCAUUGAGGGAUUGUUGCAGCAACAUGAGACAAUGCCUCUCGAGAAUGAAUUGUGUCAAGGAACUUCUGAAAAAGGCUGCGAAAACGUGCUUGGUUCAAGAGAGGAGGAUUCUUUUUGGAAGGAAGUUCAAGAUGAGUUAAUGGAAGAGACAAGUCUAGUUGAUCUUUUGCUGAUAGGAGCUGAAGCUGUUGAAUCACGGAACAUGACACUUGCUUCUGACAUAAUCAAAAAACUAAAGAAUGCGGCGUUUUUAGAAAACGGCGAUAGUUUAUUGAACAGGUUGUGUCCUUUCUUUACACAAGGUUUGUUUUACAAAACUACAGAUGCUCUUAAAUUCGACUGUGAACAUGUUUCUACACAGGCAAGCACGUUCUGUGUGUUUCAGAUACUUCAAGAGCUCUCUCCGUACGUAAAAUUUGCUCAUUUCACAGCAAACCAAGCAAUUUUCGAAGCUACAGACGGUGUUCAACAUGUUCAUGUCAUUGAUUUCGAUAUCAUGGAGGGAAUCCAAUGGCCAUCGUUGAUGGUUGACUUUGCAAUGAGAAAGAACACUACUUCCCUUAGAGUAACAGCAAUCACAGUGGAUCAGCAAAGUGCAGCCUCGGUUCAACAAACAGGAAGAAGGCUAAAAGAGUUCGCGGAAUCGAUCAAUUUUUCAUUCGUGUUCGAUACGAUGAUGAUGGCGAGCGAAGAAGAUUUUCAAAGAAUCGAACACUGUGACACGCUUAUUGUCAACUGUAUGAUACAUCAGUGGAUGCCAAACAGAAGUUUCUCAUUUGUCAAAACUUUUCUCGAUGGCGCAAGAAAAUUAUCACCAAAGCUUGUUGUGUUAGUUGAAGAAGAACUGUUUAAUUAUUCCAGACUCAAAUCCAUGUCAUUUGUGGAGUUUUUCUGUGAGGCUUUGCAUCACUAUAUUGCAAUUUGUGAUUCACUAGUGACUACUUUGUGGGGUAGGCAUAAGAUGGAGUUAAGCAUUAUAGAGAAAGAUGUGUUGGGAGUUAGAAUCUUGGACAGUGUAAGACAGUUUCCUUGUGAAAGAGAAGAGAGAGUGUUGUGGGAAGAAAAGUUUUUUUAUUCAUUGAAAGGGUAUAAAAGUGUUGGUAUGAGUACAUAUAAUAUUUCACAGGCUAAGUUCUUGGUAAGCUUGUUUGGUAAAGGGUAUUGGGUGCAAUUUGAGAAUUUUAAGUUGGCUUUGAGUUGGAAGUCAAGACCUUUGACUUCAGUUUCAAUCUGGGUACCAAUAGAUUCCAUGAGUCACAAGGUCAAAUAG